GAGCAGGAAAGAGGGAGGUUCUCGCUGGCUCUUGCUGCAGGAGUGCAAAGGGGCCUCCUGCUGCCAGCGAGAUGGCUCGGCUGGAUGUGACGGAGGUCUUUGCCAACAUACGUCUCCCUGGGCACCUCCACACUCAGGACUCUCUCCGCUUUGCCAGCAACUUUCAGUUUCACAGCUCGGAUGUCCUUCUCGUCACCUACCCCAAAUCAGGCACCACAUGGAUGCAAGAAAUCUUGACCUUGAUCUACAGCAAUGGCAACCUCAAACCCGUAAAGACUGUUCCCAAUUGGGCUCGGGCUCCCUGGUUGGAGCACAUCUUUUUCCAAGAGCGACUUCAGUACAUCGGAAGUCCUCGCCUCCUCACCACCCACCUGCCCCAGCCAGUGCUGGCAACUGCUCUGAAGAAAGCUAAGCCCAAGGUGAUCUAUGUGAUCAGGAACCCAAAGGAUGUUGCUGUGUCCUACUACCAUUUCCAGAGAAUGGCCAACUUCUUCCCUGACCCGAACUCCUUUGAGGACUUCAUUUGUGAGUUCCUGGCUGGCACGGUGCACUAUGGUUCCUGGUUUGAGCAUGUCAAAGGCUGGCUCAGCUGCCGAGAAGAGUUGGGCAUUUUUUGCAUCACCUAUGAGGAGCUGCAUCAAGAUCUGAAAUGCUGUGUGGAGCAGCUGAGUGCCUUCCUGGACCACCCGGUUCACCCAGAUCAGAUUGACUGCAUACAGGAACACUGCAGCUUUGCUGUCAUGAAAGAGAACGUCAUGGUGAAUGGCAGCCUUGUUCCUCCUGGGAUUAUGGAUUUUCAGAAAAGCCAGUUCAUGAGGAAAGGUACUGUUGGUGACUGGAGGAACCACUUCUCCCCCAAACAGAGCACUCUCUUCAAUGAGAGAUACCAGCAGGAAAUGGGAGACUGCCACUGGCCCUUCCAGUGGGACAUGGCCUGACAGCAGCUGCUCCAAGACUGUUGCUGGUCUUCGCAGGUGGACAUCCAGGACCAGCUUGUCUCAGGACGGCAGCUACAACAUGGGGCUCUCUAAGCCUGUUUCCCACUGGGCAGAGGAUACGGGAAGUACGCCAGGGAAGUGGCCACACAAGCCUGUGGCUGUGAGUUCUCACAGAGUCAUGAAAAACAGCACAGAUGAUUACCAAACAGGUGGAGACAAGCCACUGGUCAAAAGGGGGGGGCCAAAUAGUUUAUUAAGAAGGGUGGAAGACAAAAUGCAAGAGGGAUUGAACACUAUGUGCAGAGAUAAGGGCUUGUUCUUGAUUCACACCAGUUGCUGGAAAUCUUUGAUUCUUACUCACUUCAAUAAAUCUGACUUAUUCGCA